GAUCAAAAAGGAACGACCUACUGUACGGCCCAAUCCACACAUGCCGCGAGAUCUCGUCCGAUCUCGGAAGCUAAGCGGGGUCAGUCCUAGUUAGUACUUGGACGGGAGACCGCCUAAACUACAGAUUACAGAAACCGCAAUUGCAGCCUAAUGUGCCUCAUGGCUUUGAGGUCUCGAACUAACUAAUGUCGAGCGCCUCUUUGGUUCCUGUGUAUCGUGCGGCGCGGUCGUUGGCCGUCGCCCUCUCAGCCUUCCGACGGCUGUGGGCGCUUUUGCUUGAAGAGGCGCAGUUACAGAAAGCUGGCCGGUCCUCUUCACACAUCACGGUGGUUGCCGUUUCGACAGGACCCAUCCAAUGAACCAUGUCCUCCAUGUUGCCAAUAUCGCUCUCACUCAGCGUGCCUACAUCUGUGAGCGCCACAGUUGCCAUUGUAGCCGGCUGAUGUUCCAGAAAAUGAACUGUUCAACUUGGAGAUGAUGUCUUGGAUCCGUUUAUGUUUUGCUAAAUCCAUCAGAUUUUGUUUUUGCCAUAGGACGACGUGACAUUAAUCGGGCUGCGGUGAAAAUAACACCCGCAUUUUUGCACUUUCCCCAACAAACCGGAAGCACGGUCCACCCCCUAUCCGUUGUUCGAGGCAAGGUCGUGUGUAUGUGCGAAACACAUCAUGUGCGGACUCAAGUGGCAUUCCGCACCUGCCGCGAGAUUUUCCACUCCUUCCAGACCAAUAUUUUUGAUCAGUAUGAGCUUCAUUUAAAACUCUGGUUUGCAGAACAAAGGUCUUCAUUUUCCACUCCGGAUCAGCGUCAUGCGAGGCAAUUGUCUCAUACGCUUGAUUUGAGCAUGGCAUCCAGCCAUCUGCGGUCAUCACUGCUCGUUCAACUGCUCGUGAGAGAGGGCCAGCUUCGUGUCAUUCUUAAUCCUUACGCACAAUGCAGGAAGAACCUUUUCUGAGAAGUGGCAUCAUGUCCCAAUCAUUUCACAGGACCACGCUGUAGGGUCACAUGUCUUUGCAGAUAAACUUCGCAAUUGCUGCUGUGAUGCAUUUGCCUGAACUGAGUUUUGGCCUCGACUCUGACUUAACAUGAUGGCGAGACCUGAGGCUUCUGCAGAGCUGAGGUAACCUUGCGUUGCUACUUUUGUGGGAACGCUGCAAGAGGCGCUCGGACGCUCGGCGUUGUGGGAAAUGCCAUGACACAUCUGUAGGUGGUUGGAGACAUUUGUCGUGAUUCUUUUGUUUACUUGAUCUUUACAUAUUCAGCAAACAGCGAGUGAGGUGUUUAUCCAAUAAUGUAAUAUUAGUGGCGCAUGUUUUAUAUACUGGCAGGCCAGCUCUAAUGCGCAUGGGAUAUGGUCGUGCGGGCCAAAUAUAAUGACAUCGUGGGCCUGCGUUUGACAUAUAUGGUGUACAGGGUCACGGGGAGCAGGAGCCUAUCCCAACUGACGGAGUAGUUGCCACUCAGUCGUUUGGAACAAAUGAACGGCACGCAUGCAAGUAAGACAUUUCAAACAUGCUCUUGUAUGACAUUUUGACAGAAAAAAAUCUAUUGGUGUCAAAAUAUUGGGUUCUUUUUUAAAGUUAUUUUAAAGUCUGAAAGCGAGUAAUCAAAAUGUAAAAGUGUGAUUAAUUUGAUUUAAACAAUGGAUCGAUUGACAGCCCUGAUAUAUGCAUAAAUGUAUAUAUUUAUUCAUAUAUUACUAUGACUUGUAUUUGUAUUUAUUUACAGUAUAGGUUUAAAGCCUGAUGACAACCCUUUUGCUAACUGAAGUGUACUUCAGUUCAAAAGUAAAGUUCUCUUCUCUUUUAGAAAUCUCUUUCCCCGUAACAUUACAAUGAAUGGGAUUGUGUUUCUCAAUCUACAGUUAAUGGGGGAAAUAGAAAGAGUUACGAAAAAAUAAGGCAAAAUAUUAGCCUGACUGGUAUAGGGGUGCCUUGUAUUAUUUAUAUUACAAAAAAUACUUGUGCUCUCGAGAUCCACUAAAUGCUUUUUACUGCUCAAAGUGACUCCAGUGUGUAAUUCAUACUUUCUGGAAUGAAUUGAUGUGCUGAAGUUAAGGGUGGGGGUGUGUGUGUGUGUGUGUGUGUGUGUGAAAAAAAAAGACCACCCCUCUUCUUUUGAGAAUGGUGUCGUCCGCGGCGCGCUCAGCGAUUUGGCGCUUGAGUAGCUCGGCUCUCACUGCAAGCUCCGUAGCAGCCGCAGUAACGUACAGUUGUUUUAAACUGUGUCGCUUUGGGCUGGUGUAAAUGUUUUAUCAUACGACCUUAAUGGAUAAACAUGUCUGAAGAGGAAAGUACGGUUGUUGGUGAACUUUUUAAAGAUGUCAAAUUCUACGUGGUUGGGGACAUUGACCCGAAGGUGGUGCAGCUGUUGAAAGACGGAAAAGGCAAAGAAGUCUCCUACAAUGCUUUGGCCACUCAUAUUAUUGCAGAGGAUGGGGACAACCCAGAAGUGGGGGAAUCUCGUGAGGUUUUUGAUCUGCCUGUGGUCAAGCCAUCCUGGGUGAUCCUCUCGGUUCGAUGUGGAGACCUGUUACCAGUUACAGGGUUCUCUCCAGAAUCAGGACAGAUAUUCUUUGGAGUGACAGCCUGUCUUCCUCGUCUUCCAGAUGACCUCCAUGCAUUGUGGGCAUAUGUAACCUUUUAUGGUGGAGAAUGUCAGCUUAACCUUAACAAAAAAGUGACACACUUGGUGGUGAAUGAACCAAAGGGGGCCAAGUUUGAGUGUGCCCUGAAACACCCCGGUAUCAAGAUUGUCACUCCAGACUGGAUAACCGAUUCUGUAAAAGCUAAGAGCCGGAAUGAUGAAGCACUCUAUCACCCUCGACUUACUUAUGUGGAGCCAGAGGAAGUGGAUGAGAGUGAGCCAGAGUCAUAUGACCAACGUUCCCACUCAGAUGGAAGCUACAGCCCGCAACGCUCCCGGCCGUCCAGCGGUGGCUCGUCUGAGGAGUCGAGUCCCCGCAGACGACCUGGUCCCAAAAAACUGAACUCCAUCUCCCCGUCGUCCCCACAGAAAAGCGAACGUCGCAGCGAGCGCAUGUUCGAUGACUCUGACGAUGACUCGUCCACAGAAAAGGAAGGUACCAACCUCAACUGGACUCCAGCAGAGGUUGUGACACCAACCCCUCCAUUUGCGCCAGGCACUGCCAGGCGGCGAAGUGGGCCACCUGGCAACAAGAAUCCAGUAUCCUCAACAGGCGGUGGGCUCAUCAACCUGUGUGCCACUGUUCCUCCAGUUCCUGGCACCCACCCCAUCCCAGCAGAGGUCCGCACUGCUGGCGCCGUCAGUCAAAAUGCACAACAAGGAGGUUUAUCAGUUCCAGAUAGCAUCCCUGGUUGGAGCCCAGCAGCUAGAACACUACGCAAUAUUACCAACAACUCUGACAUGCAGCCGACCAUUCGACCCACCAAUGUAGCACAUAUUAUCCAGAAUCUGACAGCCAAUCACGGAAAGCCAUUAGAGCAACAAACCAAUCAGAGCCAUGCUCAGACACCAAACAGUACCAAUCCUCUUAUUUUCAAUCAGUCAAAAAUGGCUGGACAACAACUCUCUGCGCAGCAGCAGCAGCAGCAGCAGCAGCAGCAGCAGCAGCAACAACAACAACAACAGCAGCAGCAGCAACAACAACAGCAGCAGCAACAACAACAACAGCAGCAGCAGCAGCAGCAGCAGUUAAUGCAGCUGUCACACCAGACGGUCCAACACCACCAACAGUUACCCCAACAAACGCAACACCCCAUUAUGCAGCUGCAGCUCCAGCAGCAGCAGCAGCAGCAGCAGCAACAGCAGCAGCAUCAGAUGAUGCAGCUACAUCACCAACAUCAACAGCAGCAAUCAGUUGUACAACAGCAGGGGUUUCCCCAGUUGUCCCAACAGCAUCAGUUCCUCCAACAACAACAACAACAACAGCAGCAGCAGCAACAGCAACAGCAGCAACUGCACCAACAGCAGAUGUUUUCACAGCAACAGCAACAUGCCUUCUCUCAGCAGCAGCUGCGCCCUCAGCAGCUCUUACGCCCUGGUCUACAGCAGCUGCAACAGCAGCAAGCUCUGCAACAACAGCUACAGCAAUUCCAACAGCAGCAACGCAUGCAGAUAUUACAACAGCAGCAACAACAAAAUCAGCAAUUACACCAACAGCAUCUACAGCAGCAACAACAGCAACAGCACUUCCUGCAGCAGCAACAAAUCCAGCAGAUGCAGCAGCAACAGCAGGUUAUGCAGCAUCAGAACCAACAGGGCAUGCAGCCGCAACAUCAUCAGCAGCAACAGACUCUUCAGCCGCAGAUACAGCAGGCUGCUCAUAUCUCCCUGUUUGGACAUGAGCCGGGACAAGAAAUUCCACAGGAUGGCUUUCUGCUGGGAUGUGUGUUCGCCAUUGCUGACUACCCAGAACAGAUAGCCGACAAACAAUUGCUGGCCACGUGGAAACGGGUCAUCCAAGCCUAUGGCGGUGCCGUUGACCCCUCUUUGACCAGCCGCUGUACCCACCUGCUUUGUGAGAGUCAGGUCAGCAACAUGUAUGUGCAGGCCCUCAGAGAGGGAAAACGUUGUGUAACAGCCCACUGGCUCAACACAGUGCUUAAAAGGAAGAGGAUGGUGCCUCCUCAUCGGACACUCCAUCUGCCAUUUGCCUUCCCUCCUGGAGCCAAGCCUUGCUCUCAUCAUAUUAUAUCUGUGACUGGUUUUGUGGACGCUGACAGAGAUGACUUGAAGUUGAUGGCUUACUUGGCUGGUGCUAGAUACACCGGGUACCUGUGCCGGAGCAACACUGUCCUUGUCUGCAAAGAACCCACUGGACUUAAGUACGAGAAGGCCAAAGAAUGGAAAAUUCCAUGUGUCAACGCCCAGUGGAUGUGUGAUAUUCUUUUGGGAAACUUUGAAGCACUAAGACAAAUUCAGCACAGCAGAUACUCAGUUUAUACGCAUCCUGAGCCUCUGGUGCCAAACCUACAGCUGGUCCAGAACCUGCUUGCUCCUUGGAGAACACCAAUCAAAAUAUCUCAAGAAGCUUUAGCGAACCUGCAGCUCAUCCAGAAACAGAAGCUGGCUGACUCCACUAACCAGCCAGCCAACAAAAAAGCCCGCCUGGAGGAGAUCCAGUCCCCCAGUAAGAAGCUUCCACCGGAGUCCACGCCAAGAGUUAUUUUCACAGGGUUCGAGCCCACACAAGUUCAGCAAUACACAAAGAGGCUGUAUGCUUUAGGUGGUGAAGUAGCAGAUGGCAGUCUGAAGGUGACACACCUAGUGGCAAGUAAAGUGAAGCGCACUGUCAAAUUUCUCACCGCAAUGUCUGUGGUGAAACACAUCGUCACCCCAGAGUGGCUUGAAGAGAGCUGGAGGUGCCAGAAGUUUGUCGAGGAGCAGAGCUACAUUCUGAGGGAUGCCGAAGCUGAGGUCUUGUUUGGUUUCAGUCUGGAAGAAUCCCUCAAGAAAGCCCACAGUGCACCACUCUUCAAGGGAAAGUAUUUCUAUCUGACCCCUGGAAUGUGCCCUAGUCUCAGCACCAUGAAGUCGAUCGUGGAAAGCGCUGGAGGGAAGCUGCUCGCGAAACAGCCCUCGUACAGGAAGAUCAUGGAGCAUAAACAAAACAAGAAUCUCCCAGAGAUCAUCUUGAUUUCUUGUGACAAUGAUCUACACCUGUGUCGAGAGUACUUCCUGAAAAAUAUUGAUGUCCACAACGCUGAGUUCAUUCUGACCGGAGUUCUCACGCAGAAACUUAACUAUGAUUCAUAUAAGUUCACAUGAUGGCGACGUGAAAAGGAGGAAACAUCUGUUGCGAACCACACGGACUUUUCUACGUUUUGAUAGAUCUACAGUCUUUUGGAGUUUUUCUAUGUUCCAGAGUAAAGAACGGAUGUUAUUUUUGUCCAAUUGGUGUUCAAAUGAUUCCGGACUAUUUUAAAUCUUGUUCUCACUGCUUCAUGUGUACAGGCUUCUUGUUAAAUAUGAUGCUUUUUUGUUUUGUGGAAUAAAAUGGCUAAUUAUU